UACCUCUGUGAUCUGUGCCUGACACUUCUAUGACGUUUCCAGGAAUUAUUUAUCUUUCUGUCACACAGAUAAAAAAGUGGCCACAUUUUCAAUUUUGCCGUUGAAAAAAUACAGGGCUGUGCAGUAGGCUUGUAGAUAAAUGCGAGAGCCCCCAAUACUGCAGACGGUGUGAGUGAAUGUGAUGGACUAAAGUGAUUGAAAGCUAGUGAAGAUGGGCCUAACAAUUUCUACGGUAUUCACCAGACUGUUCAGCAAAAAGCCCAUGAGGAUCCUCAUGGUGGGUCUGGACGCUGCAGGGAAGACUACCAUACUGUACAAGCUGAAGCUGGGCGAAAUCGUCACCACCAUACCCACCAUCGGCUUCAAUGUGGAAACCGUCGAAUACAAGAACAUUUCGUUUACGGUGUGGGAUGUGGGCGGCCAGACAAAGAUCCGGAAGCUCUGGAGGCACUACUUUGCCAACACGGACGGCAUUAUUUUCGUGGUCGACUCCAACGAUCGCGAGCGAAUCGCUGAGGCCGAACAGGAGCUGCACAACAUGCUAGAUGAGGAAGAACUGCGGAAUUCCAUCCUGCUGGUGUUUGCCAACAAGCAGGAUCUGCCCAAUUCCAUGUCCACGGCGGAGUUGACCGAUAAACUCAAGUUGAACGCGAUGAAAAACAGAAAGUGGUACAUUCAGGCCACGUGCGCCACUCAGGGCUCCGGGCUUUACGAGGGCCUCGAUUGGCUGUCCAACGAAUUGGCCACCAGAUAGACCUGUAUAAUUUCAAUAGCUUAAGUUAUGUUAUCUGUAUCUUAUCGUGUAUUAAUCCGUAUUUACUACCGAAUGCUGUGCACUGGGCUGCUUCGUUGUGGGAUGAGGUGUAAUAAUAAAAGACUGCAAAAACCGUACAUCGACUAAAUAAAAACCAGUUAAUUA